CUCAGCCAGGCUGCUCGCUUGCUUUUCCCGGUUCUCACCAGAGAGGCACACGCGCUCCGUCCCUUCCCGCGGCCGCGGAGGGAAGAGAAAGGGUCUGUUGUUUUUCUCUCUUCCUUUCCGCCGCUCACCGGCUGGCUGCACACCGGCUCCGACAGCCCUGAUGGGAAUCCCACGCGCCUGAGCAGGCCCCUCCUCCAGGGACCUCGUCCUCAGCUAAUUUGUCUUUGUCCCGACCGAGGGAAAGAAGAAGAAAAAAACCCACAAACUUCCUUUGCAAACCAGUUUGCGGCCAGGGCCUGGAGCGCACGCCGGAGACUCAAUCGCUCGGGAACCCUGAAGACGCCGGAGGCCCCGGGAGCGCCGGGCUGCCCCCCACCGGUCCCCACCCAGCCCGUCCCCAGCCUGCCCUCGCCCCCCACCCUCCUCCGGCGUGCCCGGGACUGGCUGGCCGUGAGUCUGGAAGUGGCCACGACCCAGGCUGGACGUCGCGCGAGGAAAGCCGUGUCGAGCCGUGGGAGCUCCGGGGCUGACAGCUGGGAGGCAGCUGGCGCUGGCGGCGCCCCUCGACGAUGUCCCCUCCUCCCGUGUCGGGCCGCCAGAAUUGAGUCCUCUCCCACUCCCGGAAACGCAUCCACCCCUCUAAGGAAAGCAAGUUCCACCUGGUAUCUUCCUUCCCUUCUGAGCCUGGAGGCCCAAUCUUGGCAGACGCAUCUGGUCACAGCAGGUUAAAGGUUGCACAAGCCAAGGCCUUCAGUUUACGCCCACUGAGAAAAGCUGACUUGGGAGCCAAACUGGCUUUCCACACUUCACUUCCAGACUUCUCUUGUUCCCUUUGCUCUGUAACUCAAUGACCUUAUUGGCCUGGUCUCUCUUGUGCCUAUCAGAGUCAUUUAAGCAAGGUCCCUGAGGUCAAGAAACCCCUUUGUCCCUCUCAACCGACUCCAACCCCACUAUGGAACAACCUCAGGUGGAGCCCCCAGCCCCCAGUAAAGCCAAUAGUGCAGAAACUGUUGAAUCUGAAAACCACGAGGCUCCUCUGUCUGGACCAGAGGAGCACGCUCCAGACAGCCCUCAGGACAAGGGUGGCGCAGAGGCCGAUGGAGCAGGUGGAGAACAGGAAUCGAAAGACCAAGUUUUGCCACCAGCCCAGAAUGGGGAAAAUCUCGAGUGCCCUCCUCCUGAAGCUAGCUCAAGUCCAUGUGGGACAUCGUCUGAGGUGGAGACAAUAGAGACACCUUCUAGGCCACAGGAACUUCCCCAGUCCCCCAGGACCCAGCAGCCUGAUCUCGAUUUCUACUGUGUCAAGUGGAUCCCCUGGAAGGGAGAGCGGACCCCCAUCAUCACCCAGAGCACCAAUGGCCCUUGUCCUCUCCUGGCCAUCAUGAAUAUCCUCUUUCUCCAGUGGAAGGUGAAGCUGCCCCCUCAGAAGGAAGUGAUCACAUCAGAUGAGCUCAUGACGCAUCUCGGAAACUGCCUCCUAUCCAUCAAGCCCCAGGAGAAGUCCGAGGGCCUUCAACUUAACUUUCAGCAGAACGUGGAGGACGCAAUGACUGUGCUUCCUAAACUGGCCACAGGGCUGGAUGUCAAUGUGCGGUUCACAGGUGUCUCUGACUUUGAGUACACGCCCGAAUGCAGCAUCUUUGACUUGCUGGGCAUCCCUCUGUACCAUGGCUGGCUUGUGGAUCCACAGAGUCCUGAGGCUGUGAGCGCUGUUGGGAAACUGAGUUACAAUCAGUUGGUGGAGAAGAUAAUCACCUGCAAGCACUCCAGCGACCCCAACCUCGUAACCGAAGGUUUGAUCUCAGAGCAGUUCCUGGAGACCACCGCAGCGCAGCUGACCUACCACGGCCUGUGUGAGCUCACAGCAACUGCCAAGGAAGACGAACUCAGUGUCUUUUUUCGAAACAACCACUUUAGCACGAUGACUAAGCACAAGAGCCACUUGUACCUUCUGGUCACUGACCAGGGGUUUCUCCAGGAGGAGCAGGUGGUGUGGGAGAGCCUGCAUAACGUGGAUGGUGACAGUUGCUUUUGUGACUCUGACUUCCACCUCAGCCAUUCCCUAGGGAAGAGCCACGGAGCAGAAGGUGGGGGCGGCUCCCCAGAGAAGCAGCUGCAGGUGGACCAGGACUAUCUGAUUGCCCUGUCCCUGCAGCAGCAGCAGCAGCCACAAGGCAUGCUGGGCCUUAGUGACCUGGAACUGGCCCAACAACUUCAACAAGAGGAGUAUCAACAGCAGCAAGCUGUCCAGCCUGUGCAAACAAGGGCGCCUUCGCCCCAGGGGAGAGGAGCCACUUCUGGACGCCCAGCUGGAGAGCGGAGGCAGAGGUCGAAGCCCGAGUCAGACUGUGUGCUGCUCUAACUCUGCCCCAUACAGCGUGGACACGCCCCUUCUUUCAGAGGCUGACUGGUUUGCUUGCAGGACCCCCCACACACACCUCAAACCCUGAGGCUUACGGGGUGAUUGAUGUGCACUGCUGGGGGUCAGAGCAGGUGCCUCCAAGGUCAGACUUGGUACCAUCCUUGCCCUCGGUGUCGCUGUCUUCUCUUCUUCCCAGACAGGGCCCUAUGGGGAUGGCUGGGUGGUCUCUGGUUCCCAGCUCCCUUUCCUGGGAUAUUCACAUGCAUAUACAGACCCACGCUGAUAGGUGCGGUACCUGAAUCUGUGUCCGUGCUUGUCCCUGUCCAGCUGCUCCUGGCCACCCACAGGCCUGUCUCCGUUUGCUUCAGGGUUUGAUUUGGGUUUCUAUCUUUAUUAUUAUUUUAAUGCCUUCCUAGGGGGCUGGAAUAAAAUUUCUUUCCUGA